AUGCGGUUAACUGGUGGUGGCGUUGGGUAUUUCAGAGGACCGGAUCUGGAAGAGCUGCAGCCGGGCCACGCAGCACCAGAGCCAGUAGAAAACUCCUUCGCCCAGGGCAAUAGACAGUCCGCCCGCAAACCCUACAUUCACCAUCUCCCGCUCCUUCCCGUGCAGACUUUUUUGAGCCUGAAUGUGCAAGAAACUGCCGAUGCAGGUGCCGAGACCCACCCAGGAUUCCAGAGGACCUUCUCGGCUUGCCCUGUCGCCCUCUCUGCUUCCCGCCUCGGUGACUCGGAGCGUCUGGAGGAUGCCAUCACCCCCGGUGUGGCCGCUGGCAGGAGUGACCCCGCGUGGCCCCUCCAGGGGCAAUGGGCUCAGGCUGCCAGGCUGCCCCGCACCAGCCUGCAGUGCAUCCCCUUCCGGGCGGAUCGGUCAGUGAGCGUGAUCGAGGGGAGCCGCAGCGAGGCCAAAGGGGGCUCUUCCCGCUACAAGACCGAGCUCUGCCGCACCUUCGAAGAAAGUGGCGCCUGCAAGUACGGGACCAAGUGCCAGUUUGCACACGGCGCCGGGGAGCUGCGGGGGCUCAGCCGCCACCCCAAGUACAAGACAGAGCCGUGCCGCACCUUCCACACCUGCGGCAUCUGCCCCUACGGCUCUCGCUGCCACUUCAUCCACAAUGCCGAGGAGCGCCGCCCGCUGCCGCAGCCGCCCUUGCUGCUCUGCCACAGCCUCAGCUCUGGGGAGCCCCUCCCUCCCGCCUCUCCGGCCUCUCCUGCUCCAGCCGCCUCCCGCACCCUCCGCCUCCCCCACGGGGCCGUUGGCUGCUCCCUCUGCAACCCUCUUGGCUCCAGCAAGGCUCCUCUGGGGUCGCCUGGCCCCUCCCCCUUCCCAGGCCUCCUGCUGCUUCAGAAAAGCCACUCCGCCGAUUCCCUCUCGGAUCAGGAGGACUCUGGCAGCUCAGGGGCCAGCAGUGGCUCAGCGUCCCCUGGCCUCGGGCCCCUGGGUCGGCGGCUCCCCAUCUUCAGCAGCCUCUCGGUCUCUGAUGACUGAUGGGACAGGUAUGGAUGUGCCUGAGAAGGGAGACACAGCCCAUAGCCUUUUCCAGAGGACUGGAGGAGCUU